AUGAGUUUUCUUGGCAGCAUGAGCAGCUUCUUACGGGUCCGCAAGAAGAUUUCUCAGGUCCCCGUUCUCCGCCGUCAAACCGAGCUGUUGUCGCAGCGGCGGCCGCCACACGUCGCACCAAGCGCCGGUGGACUCAGCUUGGUCUUGAGAAGCCAUUCAAUUCUGGCAGCGCUGCGGCACCGCACCACCCUGAGUGACUCGGUCCUUUUACGUUACGAGCGCGAUGGUUUUGUCGUGACCCGCCGCCUAUUGCAACCCGAGCAUCUGGCCGCGCUGCGUGCUGCGUGUGAGGUUGAGGUCUCCGCGCGGCGGCUGGAGUCCUUUCGCCAUCGCGUGCGCGUCCUGUGCCCCGGAGUAGACCCCGCGACGUUGACCUCAGAGGCGGAGGUCGAACAGGCGCUCCAGAACCAUGCUACGGACGCACUUGGCUUUCUACAGUUCUUCAAUCUGCACCGGACCAACCGAGCGGUUUGCCAGGUUGCCCUGGGGCCGGAGCUCGCAACGGUUGCUGCUCAGCUGCUGGGUGCUCGCCGUGUGCGAGUGUAUCAGGACUGCCUGUUCCUCAAGGAGCCGGGCUUUGCAGAAACCAACUGGCAUAGCGACCUGCGUAUGGCCCCGCUGGACACCAACGACUUCGUGACCGCCUGGAUUCCGCUGCGACCCGUCCGCGGCGCCUGCGGCGGCGGCUCCUCCAAAUCUCCACCGGACUCGGGGCUUAUGUUUGCGGCAGGCUCACACCGCGAUUUUGCGUUGCCUUUUUGGCACAACAUGGAGGGUCGCGACUUAUCGGACCGGGGAUAUGCCAUGAAGGACACCGGUCCGAUGGAGGUUGGUGACGUCAGCUGGCAUCACGGCUGGACGUUGCACUGCGCGGCGCCACAGCCCGUAGGCACGCCGCCACGCCUGGCACUGACUGUGGCUUUCUUCGCCGACGGCGCUCGGCUGCUGCCGCGCACUUCUGAUUCCUCGGUGCGCUCUGAGCUGCUGCAUGACGAGGACGCGGAGAGCUACUCCGCCUGGCUGCCUGCACUCGCCAAGGGCAAGGGCCGCGACGGUGCUGUUGCGCGUCACAAGCUCCUGCCGGUGGUAUGGCCUCUGGACGCCAACGAGGCAGGCAACUUUCCGCUGUCCUAA